AUGGCAUCUUCUCUCCCAACCUUUCCACGUGUGGUAUUCACCAUUAUUGAACCAAUCUCCCUGGUUGCCGGCUUCCUCGGAGCGGUCAUUGAUCCAGCUUGGUUCAUUGGCGAACAAGUCCUUCAGAAGGAUGGCAUUACUACCUCUGAAGGAAGUAUUGUAGUGGCUUGGCAGCUGGGGAAUUUGUAUCUGCUGCUGGCCUUCAUUGGCAUAGCAGUUCUAUCGACGACAUCCGAAAACAAGGUCGUCCGGGCCUACCUCGUCGCUCUCUGGCUCGGUGAUGUCGGUCACAUCGGGUUCAGUUGCUACGGGCUUGGGUGGGGAAAGCUCGUAAGGCCUGUUGAGUGGAACGCUAUGGCUUGGGGGAACAUUGCCAUGACGCUUUUUCUCCUGCUGACACGAACAGCCUAUUUUGCGGGACUUUUUGGUCCGGAUCACAUGGCUGCGUCCAAGACGAAGAAGAGAGCAUAA